CGUCGACCUGUACACUCGCCAUAUUUCCACUCCUGUGAAGCCCGCCGGCCGGCUAGCUGCUGAGUUGAGGAGUAAAAACCUUCACACAAGACAGCAAAUAGUUUCAAACGACCUCAAAGGAUUAAAGGGGCAUCUGCGUUAAGUGACCAGCAAGUCGCUGUUAUUUCACUCUGCAACAAUGAACAUCUUCAGGCUGACAGGAGACCUCUCUCAUCUGGCUGCUAUCAUCAUCCUGCUACUCAAAAUAUGGAAAAGCAGGUCAUGUGCAGGUAUCUCUGGAAAGAGCCAAAUCCUGUUUGCUAUCGUGUUCACCACGCGCUACUUGGAUCUGCUCACGUCCUUCAUCUCCCUCUAUAACACAAGCAUGAAGGUGAUCUACAUCGGUUGUGCGUACGCCACAGUCUACCUGAUCUACGCAAAGUUCAGGGCCACCUACGACGGCAACCACGACAGUUUCAGAGUGGAGUUCCUGGUUGUUCCCGUCGGUGGCCUUUCCGUUCUCAUCAACCACGACUUCUCUCUCCUGGAGAUCCUGUGGACGUUCUCCAUCUAUCUGGAGUCGGUGGCGAUCCUGCCGCAGCUCUUCAUGAUCAGCAAGACGGGCGAGGCAGAGACCAUCACCACCCACUACCUGUUCUGCCUGGGCAUGUAUCGGGCCCUCUACCUCUUCAACUGGAUCUGGCGUUUCUACUUCGAAGGCUUCUUUGACAUGAUCGCCAUUGUGGCCGGUUUGGUGCAGACCGUCCUCUACUGUGACUUCUUCUACCUUUAUGUCACUAAAGUGUUGAAAGGCAAGAAGCUGAGCCUGCCGGCGUAGAAGACGGAGACGCAGACUCCCAGCAGACUCAGGGGGGUGUGGAGAUGACCGUGCGUAAUCUCGUGACCUGCAGCAGAAGAUGCCUGAGACAGAGAGCCAACUAUUGGGGGGGGAAACACAAGUCUUCUUGAUGAUUGCUGAUGGAGCUGGUAAAAGGCCAACAAACACCAGAGCUGAACUAAAAUCAUAGAUGGUCAACCUUUGGAUUUCUGCGUUCCCCAUCUUGCCUUAAACUUGUUUUCAUUGCUGUUCAAAAUAGAAGAAAAGCCUUUUUUUUUUUGUUCUACAUCUGAGGUGUAUACGCUUGUUUUUUUCCUCAUCUUUUUUAUAAUGUCACAAUAGGGGUUGCAGUACCUUGUUUGACUCGAUAAUGAAAUGCACAAAUGUACAGUCUUAUUAAAGAGUGCGCUAAAGAGGUAACGCAUCUGAGUGCCUGAUGAGGAUUGUGUCUACUUUCUCACAUUAUUUCCUUUUUGGAUAAUUGUUUUAGUCUGUUGUACAUGUAUGUUCUCAUGGAAUAUUUUAAAGAUGCCAACAAUUACAUGCCAACACACGCUUCCAUUUUGUAAAAGCAUUGCUUUCUAAAAUUGUUCAAAACAAUAUUUUAGCUCUAAAUCUUAAAGUUUUUAUAAACAAUACUCAUUAGAUAGUUUGUAGUUUUAUCUCACGAUUUGAUGUCAACAAUCAGAUGGCCGUGUAUAUCAGUAUUUUCAAAUGGUUGAUAUCUCAUUGGGAAUUAAACGUUUCACGUCUUUAUUCAUCUUUUCCUACGCUUACUGUAUUGAAGCAAAUAAAAUGCAUCCACAGCUUUAAAUGUAAAUAAUGUUACAUCACAUUUUUCAUGUAAAUGGUGCACAAACUUUGUUUCUGCCAGCAUCCCAGUCCAUGAACCGACGUAUAAAAUCAUGAAGUCAAGUGAACAGGGUUCGUUUAAUGAUAUUUUGCAUUCAAAUCCUUUCACUGGUUGUAACAUUUCAAGUGUGAACUGUAUGUCUAAUUGAACUGGUUGGGUGUGUUGCUGGUCUAUAAUCAAGGGUGCAUUUCUAUUACAUUUAAAGGCCUCUCUUCUUCUUCAAAUUAGUCAUUCCUAAAGGAUUAUUUCAAGUUUGUAUGUAUUUCUUUGCAUGGUAUCACCUCCAUUAAAGAUUUUAUGAGGAUCUC